CUUUACUAUUUUAAUUUAUAAAUAUAUGUUCUAAAUAAGAUUUGUAUUUUUAUUGUAUUGGAAUAAAUUUGAAAUAAAUAAAAUGUCAAUUUCUGAUACUGAUUGGAAUGAAAUGUUAAAAGUUGCUAAAUUACAGCAACAAGAAUAUUAUGAACUUUUACCAGAAUGGACAAAGUAUACUGCAAAUGAAUAUAAAUAUUUAAGACAAAAUAUUGGAUAUGCAAUUUUUGGACCUCCAUCAGAAAAUAAGGAAAACAAAGAUGUAUACAUUGAAGAUAAAGAAAUAGGAGAAGAUGGAAAAAUGAAAGAUGUUACUGAUGCACUUUAUUAUUCAUCUGAUGCCAACAAUAUUAUAAAUAUGAUUUAUAAGCAAGUACUUGCAUAUGGUGAAGGAUGUAUAGAUGAAAAAACAAUACAUUAUGGAGUAAUUUACAAUAUAUCAUUUCGUACUAAAAAUAAUUUCAUUCAAGUAUCUAAUUCAAAAAAAGAAGAAAUAAUUAAUUCAGAGAAGAAAGAUACAAUUCAAAUAUAUUCAACACCAAUUUUUAAAAUAAGACAUUCAAAUGAAACUUGUAUGGAGAAAGAAACAUGGUAUAUUGAUAUAAAUGCUAGAGUAUAUAAAAGUUGGAUAGAUUAUAUAAAACAUAAUACUUUACCAAAAUGUACAAUGGUUCUUCCAAAAGAUGGAUUUUAUCAUCCUAAUUCAAAUUAUGAAAUUACUGAAGAAUAUUCAACAGUGUGUUUGGAAAUUUUAAACUCACCUGCAUGUAGAUUUAAAACAAGUAUUCUUAAUCUUGGAGAUAUAGUUUCUACAUUAGGUAGUAUAUGUGGAGUUGGUUUGGGUAUAGCAUCUGUUUUUACACCCAUUGGACCAUUUGUGAUAGGUGCGACAAUAGCUUCUGGUGCAAGUGGUAUAUGGACAACUGGUAGAUCAAUACAGAAUUUAAUAGAUAGAAGCUCUCAUGAACAAAGUAUAGGAUUAACAAAUAGAGAUUCCUUUUGUUCGUGGUUAGGUAUAGUUGGCAGUGCAGUUGGUUUAAUAAGCAAUAGUGGAAAUGUUAUUCUUACUAAACUUAUAAAAAAUGGUAGUGAUAUAAGCAAUGCAGCUAAAGUUGCAUACAAUGCAUUAGUUUUAAGUAAUUUAGGUAUUAAUGGUUUUGGUGUAGGAUAUCAGGCAUAUUGUAUGUACCAAAGAUAUCAAAAAGAAGGUCAAAUUCAUAUAUUAGAUAUGGUAUCUCUGUCAGCUCAUUUAUUAUUCUUUGGUAAUUCAGUUAUAAAUUUACAGUUUGCAGAAGAUCUCAUUAGAUCUACUCAAGGUAAAAUUUUAGAUGAAUAUAGAUCUACAUUGCGUUCUAAACAUCUUCGUAGACAAUUUAAUCGUACAAAACAUAUUGCUGCUACAAACAAUACAGAUAAAGUGUCAGAAAAUGCUGAAGUAAUACGUUAUAUCAAUAGAAAGAUAGAUUUACAAUUAAAAAAUAAUUUGGGUAAUAUUUCCACACAAAAAACCAUUAUAUUUUUUGAAAAUGGAAAAUUAAUAAUUUGUGGCGUUCAUUUGUUAAAUCCAAUGAGAUUUGUAGAAAUAUUAAUUAAUAAUGAUCAAUUUUCAAGUGAAAAGAAAUUUUUAUUUAAUAAUGAAAAUAAUGAUAGUAAAGAUAUGUUCUUCAUAUUAAAAGAUUUGCUUUUGAAUUUAUUAAAAAAUGUAUUUUUAAAUGAUAAUAGCAAAGAAGAAUAUGAAUCUGAAUUUGAUAAUAUUUUAAAUGAUAUGAAAUGUAUGAAUAAUGCUCCAAAUAUUUUUAUUUUAAUAUUUGAAAUAUCUCUUACUUUAAUAACACAAUCUCAAUUUUGUUCAGAAUAUAUA